GUACUUUGCAAAGACGGCAUGGUAAAAAGGCGCCUAAACGAGUAAAGGGCGCGAAGAAAAAAGCCAAACGCCGCCACAAUAACUCCUCCUUCCAAGCUCCAAAGUAUCGGACUGACUCGCCGGCUGACUCAGCCAUGGAAGCCGAUUCAUCUUCCUUCAAGAUAAUCUUGGGAUCGGCUUCGAUAGCACGCCGGAAAAUAUUGGCUGAAAUGGGAUAUGAAUUCACAGUCGUGACUGCAGACAUUGACGAAAAAUCCAUCCGAACGGAAAAACCAGAGGAGUUGGUUUUGGUUCUUGCCAAGGCAAAGGCCGAUGCUAUUAUAUCAAAGUUGCAAAGCAUCAAUAAUCAAGAGAAGGAUGCUGACCCGACAAUUGUGAUUGCGGCAGACACACUGAUGGAAACUUCUCAGGCGGAAGCCAUUUCACAAAAGCUCCCAGUUGGGGACUACAUAAAAGAUGCUGAACCAACGCUAUUAGUUACUUCUGAUCAAGUGGUGGUCUAUGAAGGUGUGAUCCGGGAAAAACCAUCCAGCAAGGAAGAAGCACGGCAAUUUUUGAAAGAUUAUUCUGGAGGGCAUGCAGCAACAGUAGGAUCUGUGCAUGUUACAAACCUUAAAACGGGAUUCAGUAAAGGAGAAUGGGAUCGAGUGGAGAUUUAUUUCCAUAAAAUACCAGAUGAAGUCAUCGAGAAGCUGAUUGAGGAGGGGAUAGUGCUCAAAGUUGCCGGGGGACUCAUAAUCGAACAUCCACUGAUUCUUCCCUAUGUCAAAGAAGUGGUAGGGACAACCGAUAGUGUGAUGGGACUUCCCAUAGAUCUCACUAGGAGACUGCUGAAAGAGGCCCUCUAGCUGCAGCUGGAGAUUUCCACAUUUUUUUACCGGUACUUUAUCUAAUUGACGCAUAUUUAUGUUUCUUCCGUCGUUAGGCUUCUGAUCUCGUAUUGUUCAACUUUAUACCUACCUGCUAUUCGCAUCUUAUCUGUUGUGAACUAUAUUUGCUUCCCGAAUCAACUUGUAGACAAGUUUAUUUAUGUUUUGACAUAGCUGGACUCGUAUAAGCUUC